AUGAGCUCACCUGAUCUGCAGAAGUGGGAUUGGCUCGAGGCGCAGACUGCACCGGAAUGUUUAGCUUGGGUCGACGGCAAAAAUGAAAAUUCCAAAGCCCAGCUGGACUCCUUUUCAAGGUUUGAGCAGAUCCACGAGCAAUUACAGAAGCUGUCUGAGUCAAGCUUUCCGACUCCCGAGUUUUGCCUGCUGCGCGACCUUUUCCGCAUUCGCAAGGAUUCGGGUCACAAAUAUGGCAUUUUUGAAGUAUCCAAAUUCCGGGCUGACGGGACACUUGGAGAUUGGGAGCUCGUCCUCGAUAUCGGGCAGCUCCGGGAAACCGAGGGCAGGUCGUGGGAAAUACAAGGGAACCCAUUUCUUCGACAGUCCAUCCUUCACCUGGAUAAUUCCAGUCGCAUUUUACUUCGCUUCUCGGAGGGGGGAUCAGACCUUACGGAGAUUCGUGAAUUUGAUCUUAAAGCACGCAGCUUCGUGUCCAACGGCUUCAACGCCGAGCCUGAUCGCGCCAUUGCGACUUGGAUAGAUAUAGACCAUGUUCUGAUUGCGCAUGGUCUUCACGGAGCCCCGAAGGCAUCGACCGGCUGGCCAUUGGAUGCCUUUAUCUGGACCCGGGGGACAGAGCUCACAAACGCGAAGCGGGUAUUUUCUGGAUCUUCGAGAGAUGCAAUGGUGUUGAUUGGAAGUGUAGGUCUAGGAGAACUACAGCGCAGCCUAAUCUUGAGAAUCAUGGACUACUCCCAUCGUGAAUAUCACCUACUGGAAUCUGAUGGGACGGUCCACAAGCUCGCAUUACCCGAGACAAUCAAGUUGGAGACUGUCUCUUCUCACACAACUUCUACACACUUGGUAGCGCUACUCAAUGAGGAAACAGUCAUAUUGGGCAAAACUGUUCCCCCUGGGACAGUAAUUGCCUAUGACUUGACAAACUCUUUACCCGCUGAGCAGAGAACCACCAUAGUAUAUACCCCCGAAGCAAAUGAAUUCAAUAUCAAGUCGACACUUGACGGUCUUGUGGCGGGAUAUUCAACGGUAAACAUGAUAUUGGCCAAGCUGGGAAAAGAGAGGCGCCUGGUACUGAAAUUCGAAGACGGCGAUUGGAAGACUGUAAAGAGUAUUCCUUCGUCACCCGGGGCCUCGGUCGGACUAAGCGCCUCUGAUAUCCAUUCUGACUGCUUGGUUAUGACUGAAUCAGGCCUGUUGUCGCCCACGAGAGCUUGGCUGGAAAGCCUCGAUGGGAAGCAGCAGCUCCUCUUCUCGCAUCCAGCAUCAUUCGAUGCAUCGGGUUUCAACGUCUCACAGCAAUCAGCAACCAGUAAAGAUGGCACAUCCAUUGACUUCUGCCUUCUUUUGCCUAAGAAGACAGAUGGUCCCAUUUCCAUCCUGAUGACGGGUUAUGCUGCCUUUGGAUCGACACUGCCCCUCGACUAUCUCCACCCCAUGUUUGGCGGAACAAGUCUUGUGCCAUGGCUGGAGGCCGGCGGUGGUCUGGUAGUGACAUUUGCAAGAGGUGGAUCAGAUCGCGGGGAGUCAUGGCACCAGCAGGCAAUGAAGGAGAACCGGCAGAAGUCCUACGAUGACUUUAUCGCCGUUGCCGAGAAACUCGUCACAGAUGGGCAUAGCCAACCUGAUCGGCUCGGCUUCUUUGGAAGAUCAAACGGUGGCCUCCUCGCUGCUGUUAUGGGAACCCAACGGCCCGAUCUGUUUGGAGCCAUCGUCAGCGACGUUCCAAUGACGGAUAUGCUGAGAUAUCCGAAAAUGGGGAUGGGUGCUGCCUGGGUGGAUGAGUACGGCGAUCCAGAGGAUCCUAACAUGGAAGAGGCUCUACUCAAAUACUCGCCCUUUCAUAAUGUAAGGGAGGAUGUGAAAUAUCCCCCGUUUCUCAUCACAGUCUCUACGACUGAUGACCGAGUAGGGGCUGGUCAUGCGAGAAAAUUAGCAGCACGGCUUCAAGAAGUAGGAGCGCCCGUGUUAUUUUACGAAGACCGAGAGGGCGGCCACGGUGUCAGUGACUCACUGAGCAGCACUACGCUUCUAUCAAGACGACUGGCCUUUCUUAUGGAUACAUUGAUGGGGAGAUCUGAUGGUUGA